CGAUUGUAAAAUCUCCUUUUUGCUCUAUUUGCAACACUCCCUUUGGUACUCCAUGCUUUCUUUAGUAUUCCAUAUUCUCACCUUGCCUCCCUUCUCUGCAACCCCCCUCUAUGUUUCUUUAUGCUGUAAAAUCCACCAUCUUCGUGCCAUCCAUGUUUAACCCCAUCAUCACCAAUUCAGAUAAACUCUCUUUUCAAAAUUCAAUCUGUUUGAGCAUUUUGUUAUUUAACUAAUGCAUCUAUUAUAUGAAUGAGGCUCAUUGGGGACCUGCAGGUAGCUGUAGUUAAGUUGUGAUGGAGGAGACACGAAGCGUAGAGGGUUACAAUGAGAGAAUCAGCAAAGAAGCCCCUCAGUUGGCUGCAUUGUUGGAAGACAUGAAGGGCGGGCUGGAUACAUUGAGGAGUAAAGUGCACGCAUUGACCGCAAAGGUGAAGGCAAUUCAUUUUCCAACUGCAGAUGGAAUAAGUUAUCUUGAGGCUAAGCAUUUACUGCUGCUUAACUAUUGCCAGUUUCUUGUAUAUUAUUUGCUUCGCAAGGCAAAAGGUUUGUCAGUUGAGGGACAUAGUGUUGUUCGGAGCCUUGUGGAGAUAAGAUUAUUUUUGGAGAAGGUUCGUCCAAGUGACAAAAAGAUGCAAUAUCAAAUUCAGAAGCUUACAAAGCAAAAAAUUCAAGUUUCUGAUCCUUCAAUGCUUCCUCUGCAAAAGAGUAAAUGGUUCAAAAAUGUUAUGUUAGCAUAA